GAAAGAAAACCGGGUACCCGCCUUACCUGCUGCUAUUUUCUGUCAACACGGUGGAAGAAGAGCACUUGUCGUGUACCCCCUCAGUGCCUGCCCACCAUGUAUAAAGCUAUAUCGAGUCUAAGCGGACGCUGUGAUGCUUUAACACGAGGGUCCUGCUCAAGGCCCAGUUUGGCCUAUUUCCACGGGGCAAGUGGAGCAUUAUGUCAGAAAUCAGCCUUCAAGCCUACCUCUACAGACGUGCCAGAGAUGCCCCCGUGCAAUUUCAAUCCAGAAAAAUACACGGGUAUGUCCAAAGACCGUAUGAUAGAGAUCCGCAGACAGAACUGCAACCCCAUGACCAUGAAGGUUACUUAUUAUAAGAAGCCAGUGUUCAUCCACCAGGGGUACAUGCAGUGGCUGUGGGAUGUGGACGGGAGACGAUAUCUGGAUCUGUUUGCUGGUGUGGCAACUGUCGGUGUGGGCCACUGCCAUCCGAAAGUAACAGCAGCUGCAGAGCAGCAGCUGAAGAAACUGUGGCAUACAACUAACAUCUAUGUUUAUCCAACGCUUCAUGAGUAUUGUGAAAAACUAGCCUCCCACUUCCCAGAUCCGCUAAAGGUGAUAUAUCUGACAAACAGUGGCUCGGAAGCCAAUGACCUGGCAAUUUUGAUGGCUCGUCUCCACACAGGCAACUACGAUAUAAUUAGUUUAAGAGGGUCAUAUCAUGGUGGCAGUCCACAGACCAUUGGCCUCACUUCCAAUGCAGCAUAUAAAUACCCUGUUGCCAGUGGUUUUGGCUGCACAAAUACCAUGUGUCCCGAUGUGUUCAGAGGGCCUUGGGGAGGAAGCCACUGCAGAGACUCCCCUGUUCAGACCAUCAGAGAGUGCACUUGUGCCCAAGGUCACUGCAUGGCAAAUCAACAGUACAUUGCACAACUGAAAGAGACAUUUGCUACAAGUGUCCCAAAUAGAAUAGCUGCUUUCUUUGGAGAGCCGAUUCAGGGAGUGGGAGGAGCUGUGCAGUAUCCUAAAAACUACCUUAAGGAGGCUUACAAACUUGUAAGAGAGCAAGGAGGAAUCUGCGUUGCUGACGAGGUCCAGACUGGAUUUGGACGAACAGGAAGCCACUUUUGGGGUUUCCAAGGCCACGAUGUCAUUCCUGAUAUGGUUACAAUGGCGAAGGGCAUUGGCAAUGGAUUCCCGAUGGGAGCUGUUGUUACAACACCAGAAAUUGCAGCCUCCUUUUCCAAGGGGCUUCACUUCAACACCUUUGGGGGAAAUCCUUUGGCUUGUGCUGUUGCUUCAUCGGUGCUUGAUACCAUCAGAGAGGACGACACCCAGCAGAACAGCCUUCGUGUGGGCACCUAUCUGAUAACAGAGCUCGCGAAACUCAGAGACAAGUAUGAGAUCAUCGGUGAUGUCCGUGGAAAAGGCCUGCAGAUCGGUGUGGAAAUGGUCCGAGACAAGGCCAGCCGAGAUCCGCUACCCCCUGAGGCAAUGGCUGAGAUUUUUGAGGAUGUCAAGGACAUGGGAGUCCUGAUUGGGAAAGGAGCAAUAUAUGGACAGACCUUCCGCAUCAAACCGCCCAUGUGCAUCACAAAGGAAGAUGCUGAUUUCUUCGUGGCAGUCUUUGACAAGUCUGUCCGCAACUACAUGGAAAAAAGAUAAAAACCUGGAAAAGGUCAGACUUGACCUGGCACACUGGCAGUGUUCGGCAGUGUUUGCUUCGUGUUAAAGAGACCCUGGUCAGCCAGAGAUGACCUUUUUCAAUAUAAAGAGUAAAAGUCUCAGUAUUAAUCUUAAUAACCUCAUUACCUCUGUUUUUACCUUUGUAUAGUGAUUAAGAAGAUGACAUUUUCUAAUUAUGUGUAACGAUUUUGUUAUAACAAAGACUUCAAACACCGCACUGAUAAAAUUGAUAACUAACUUUUAGUUCAUUUUGCUCUUUUAGAUCUGCUAAACGUUUAUGAUCAUUUAUAAAGGGAUGCUUUGCUUAUUACUUAUGAUACUACAGUAAUAAUGAAAGCUAGAAACCAAAUCUGACCAUUUUUAAUCUGGUUAUUAAGCAAGUUAUACUUAAUCAUCUUACUAGGGAUGUAGAUGUUUUCUUCUGACAGUGGAUUUAUUAUCUUGUUAUCAGUGUAAAUAAAUGGAUAAAAUCCAAUUUCCACAGACCAAUAAAACGUGAUAUUCUGGAAACAGUAA